AUGAGGAGGAGGAGGGAGCGCCUGAAUGACAGCAACUGCUGGAAACCGAGCCAUGUGUGCUCCAGCGGGCAAGGCGGGGCCAGCCGCGUAAAGGCAGCAGCUCCGGGCCAGCUCUUGCCUUCCUCCCCUUGGCUGGUUGCGGUGUCAAUCUUAGCGCUGAGAUUCGCGCAGCGGCUCCGUCCUGUGGGUUUUCGCUUCUCAGGAAAAGAAAAAGAAGUGCUCCCUCCAGCGGAAGUCUGCAAAUCCUCCUGCGUUUUGCAAUGCCUGGUUGUGAUUUGAGAAGCAUGCAAAAUGCGCGUGUUUCCAGCUGCAUCCUGCAACCCAGCUACAAGAUAAAGGGUGAUAGCAGGGCGCUUUCAGCACCAAGAGUUAUGCAGCCCAACCCUAUGCAUGGCCGUGAGUUCACAGGGUUGUAUUAUUGGAAGGGGUACCGUGGGUCAUCUAGUCCAACCCGCUGCGCUGCAGGAAUCUCAGCUAAAGCAUCCAUGGCAGGUGGUCAUCCAACCUCUGCUUUAAUAUCUCCAGUGAAGGAGAGUUCACCACCUCUCCUGGGAGUCAGUUCCACUGUUGAACAGUUCUUACUGUAACACCCCCCCACCACCAAAAGGGUUUCUGGCACUGCCUCCUGCAGUAAAGCCAAUUGAGGAGAUGAUGGGUGGAAAAGGUAUUCAGUUUGAGAGAUGCAUCAAUCUAGACACAGGGUGAAUAAGAUCACAAAGGCUGUGUACCUCACGUUGGUGGAAGCAGAUACUUAUACAUAUUGCAAAAAUGCCUGAGCUCACGCCCAAUGCCUAUAAAGGUAAAGGUAAAGGGACCCCUGACCAUUAGGUCCAGUCGUGGCCGACUCUGGGGUUGCGGCGCUCAUCUCGCUUUAUUGGCCGAGGGAGCCGGCGUACAGCUUCCGGGUCAUGUGGCCAGCAUGACUAAGCCGCUUCUGGCGAACCAGAGCAGCACACAGAAACGCCAUUUACCUUCCUGCCGGAGUGGUACCUAUUUAUCUACUUGCACUUUGACAUGCUUUCGAACUGCUAGGUUGGCAGGAGCAGGGACCGAGCAACGGGAGCUCACCCCGUCGCGGGGAUUCAAACCGCCAACCUUCUGGUUGGCAAGUCCUAGACUCUGUGGUUUAACCCACAGUGCCACCCGCGUCCCUAAAAGCUUACUAAGUGGCUAAAGUUCUGCACAGACAAGCGCAUGCUAAGCUCUGAUCUUCUCGCCACUUGUGGGGGCUCUCAUGUUUGUUCCGUGCUUGCAUUAGCAGUUUCAUAUAUGGUUUUGGAAAGCCACCUAGCUUCCUGUCAUGCUCUGUUGUUACAGUACCUAUGUACUUUCCAAACCCUAAAAGGUCACAUUUCCUGUAAUUUGCUAAACUGGUAGAUUCUUAUCUCUAUUACCGUAGCAGUCUGCAAAUUCAUGUAAGCAUAGCAAGGCUUCUGCUAUACCAUGGUGGGGGGGGCAGUUAACGUUUCAUGUUAGAAACAUCCUGGAGAUAAUGAUUGUCCACUCGUCCACCUAGCCCUGUAUCCCUUGUGGGUUGGCUACCAUUGCCGUCAGAAAGUUCUUCCUGAUCUUUAGCUGGCAUCUCAUGUCUUUCAAGUUGGGUCUUCUGUUGAUGUAAUCUAGAAUAGCAUUAGUUUUUUUUAAUUUUGCUUUUUUUGGGGGGGGGUGCAUCACACUGUUGUCCCAUGUUAAGCUUGUGGUCUACUAAGAACCACAUUUACUACUGGCAGGCCAGAGUGUCGCCCAUUUUAUAUUUGUGCAGCUGCUUAUUCCUGCCUAAGUGUGGGACCUUACAUUUGAUAAUUAUUGCUAAUUAUUUUAUAUAUAUUUUAUUUUAUAUUAUUUUAUUUUAUAUUAUAUUUUAUUUUAUAUUAUAUUAAUUAUUUUAUAUUUUGGAAGCUGUGGCUGGAUGGUUACGCGGAAGCCGGUUGAAGUUAAAUCCUUCGAAGACAGAGGUCCUCUGGCUGGGACGGGACGAUAUGGGAUUGGGGGGGCAACUCCCAUCUCUUGCGGGGGUGCAAUUAGUGCCAGCACCGUCCGUUAAGAGUUUGGGUGUAAUCUUCGAUACCUCCCUCUCUAUGGAGGCGCAGAUUACAGCUAUAACAAGGCGGCAUUUUCAUCUCCGCCAAGAAGCUAAGCAGUUAGCCCCUUAUCUCUCUCGCCCUGACCUAGCCACUGUGAUCCAUCACGGCUGGUCACCUCAGACUGGAUUAUUGCCUUUCGCUCAUUAGGGCUGCCCUUAAGGACAGCCCAGAAACUCCAGCGGGUGCAGGAUGUGUGAGACUCCUUAUGGUCUCUUCGCUGCGGAUCCAUUCAUCCCGGUACUAUACACAGCUGCACUGGCUCCGGUGGAGUACAGGAUCCAGGUUUAAGGUGCUGGUUUUGGCAACAAGCCCUAUACGGCCUAGGACCUCGCUUUGCCUACGGACCACCUCUCCCUAGUAUGCCCACAGAGAACCUGCGGUCUGCAAAUAAAAACAUCCCUGAAGGUCCCAGGCCUCAGGAGAGUUAGGCUGGCCUCAGCUAGAGCCAGGGCUUUCGGCUGCGGCUCCAAUCUGGUGGAACGGCUCUGUCACAAGUAAAUAUGCCUAGAUCCUGCUUCAGGCUGUAACCCUAACGGCUGUUAAAUUAAAUGAGACUUGCACCAUGAUCCUAUGCAUUUCCUCAGAAAUCAAAACAAUGGGAUUGAGUGAUAAGCGUUUAUUGAACAGUAGCCUUGCAACACAGGGGUUUGCACGUUUAAUCGGAAGAUUCCACUUCUUAAUGAGACUUAACCCCAAAUUAGUGACCAUAUUAAGACCUUAACGCUUUUGGGAAUGCAACUUAAACACUCAGUCAGCCAUAACUCACUUGAAAGGGACGUUUAAGGCAACGGUUGUGUAGAUGCCACGAGGAAUUUGAGAACCAAGAGAUCGCAUUAUUUACACUGAUUGUAGCAGAUCUUAUUUACAAAACCCUUUGAGCAGCCUCGUGAAGGAGCCAUCGAAGGAGGAGGAAGCUUUUAAUGUUUAUAGCACACCUUUAAGGGGCUCUCUUGACGCUGGGUGAUGGCGACAGAAAAGGCAAAAAGAUCCGAGAUCCCCGUCUAAUCUGCGGGGAUUACAUGCUCUAUUUGCGGCAUUGCCAGUCGCUACCAUUUAUCAGACGAAGAUUUGACCUUAGCUAGAGAGUAAGCGGCUACGGCCGCCUAGCUUGCCUGCCGGCGCAUCCAAGAUUAGCCGAGGAGUCUGCUGGCAGCCUGAGGGGACACCUUGGCAAGCGCCUCUAAAACGGCGGCCCCCGAGGCAAAGCGAGCGAGCUCAAGGCUUCCACCUGCUGCAUUGGAAAGGGAACUAUUACACAUGCCCACGCGGAGACGGAAGCAGCCUCUUUCCCCUCCUCUCCCCAAUCCCGCCCUUCCCGUGGUUACGCAAACACAAGGCCGGGCGGGAGAAGCCUGGCUUGGUGGACAGCGCGAGGCGAGAAGCGCUCUCCGAAGGGGCCUCCAAGCGCCGGAGCGCUAGCGACGCCUUCUGCCCGCCCGGCCUGCGGUGAGUACCCGAGCCUUGCUUGCCCCAGGCUGCUCGCCGCCUCUGCAGGGAGGUGGGUGUCGGCGGAGCCGCUGCUGCAGAGCGCCGACCCGCCGCCCUCCGACGCCUCGCCGCGGGCUGUGUAACCACAACAAAGCGGGAAGGUGGCGGGCGUGUGCCGGCGUUUCCUCCGACGUAUCGGAGGAGCAUUGGCCGUAGUGGCAGGGAGGGGGGGGGUCUGGCUUUUUCCAAUCGAGGAGAGGAAGGGGUUUGCCCUCCGUCCGACCCCGCCUGCAUGCAACCAAUUUUCUGCGCGUGGCUAGCCUAUAUGCAGCCUCCUUCGCCUUUUCGAGGAGCUCCUUAGUUAAUCCUCCGUGCAAUGUCGCUGCAAUAAUUAUCAUUAGGCUUCGGCUUGACGGGCGGGCGGGCUUUUGUCGCCAGCAAAGGUCGUUGCGGGAGGGGGGCAAGUUGCGCGCGAUUAUAGUCGCUCCCAUUGCGCCCUGACGCAUCGCGGUCACGACUCAGGAGGGAGGAAACCGCGCUCUUGACAGAUGUCUUCCUAGGCAGCCGGAGCCUGUUUGGCUGUGACUGGGGAGGGCACGUGGUGUUUGAGAUCUACCCCGAAUGGGGAAUGCUUAUGCCUUUUAGAAGAGUGAGCCUGAUGCCAUCUUCCAGUGUUAAACUUCGCUUUGUGCAGGCAAAGGAGCGGUGGGCUUCCUGCAUUUUGGGGUGGACCUGAUCUAGAUAGGUAGCAGAAUGCUCAGAGCUGGAUAGGUUGGGCUGUACUGCUUCAGAUGCAAGUGAUCGUGGGGAGGAAGUCUGUUUUGAAUCCUUCAUAAUGUUAAACAUACACAUGCCUCCCUGCAAGUUGAAGUGAGGGAGGGAAGCACAUAGGAGACAAUGAUUCUAGCCCAGCUUCUCUUUACUGUGCUAGCUUUCUACAUGUAGGGAGAUUUUAUUUUAUUUUUUAAAUUAAAAAGCAAUGCAUCCACCUCACCAACAGUCUGAAGUGGUAUAGAUCAUUCUACCACCUUCUUCAUUUUUCUUUGCCAUGGGCCAGGGAGUCCAGAUCAAAUAAAGCGGUAUCCAGGCAGGCUGGAGCCUGCUUCCUUUUGUUUACCUCAAUACAUAGAUACCUGCAGUGGUAAGAUAAGAGAGUGGCAGAGCUUUACAGCAUCUGUUAAUAUGGAUCCUUUCUUUCUGUAAAGCAGGAUUAGACAACCUGUGAGGGAUGCGGGUGGCGCUGUGGGUUAAACCACAGAGCCUAGGAUUUGCUGAUCAGAAGGUUGGCGGUUCAAAUCCCCGUGGCGGGGUGAGCUCCCAUUGCUUGGUCCCUUCUCCUGCCAACCUAGCAGUUCAAAAGCACAUCAAAGUGCAAGUAGAUAAAUAGGUACCGCUCCAGUAGGAAGGUAAACGGUGUUUCCGUGCGCUGCUCUGGUUCGCCAGAAGUGGCUUAGUCAUGCUGGCCACAUGACCCGGAAGCUGUACACCGGCUCCCUCAGCCAAUAAAGCGAGAUGAGCACCGCAACCCCAGAGUCGGUCACGACUGGACCUAAUGGUCAGGGGUCCCUUUACCUUUACCUAGCCUUUCAUAUUGUUACAAAAACCGGGUGCCUGCCCCUCCCACUGCCGAGCAGUGGGAAGUUUGUGUCUUAAUCCAUAUCCCAAUUAAUCAAAAUCCUAACAUUUAUUCAUUCCUAAGGUUUAGGAGGAAUACCCCUUAGUCUAUAACAAUAUACCGUAUUUACUCAAAUCUAAUACUCACCAAUUUUGGCCAAAUUAUGUUGUGAAAAUUGAGGUGCGCAUUAGAUUUGAUGGCGCAUUAGACUCGAGUAAAUACGAUAUUUGUUGGACUCCACCACCCAUCAGCCCCAUCCACCAUUGCCAGUGGUCAGGGGUGAUGGGAACAAUAACAUUGGGAGCACAGGUACCCCACUCCCACUGUAAAACAUACUUCCCAUGACUAGAAUAGUCCGGAUCAGUGUUGCAUGCCUGCCAGCGUGCUUGCCUUCUGCGUACACACAGUCGGCAUCACAUGCAUCUGUGAAAUGUUCUCUGCAUCCUCCCUCGCUUUCAACAAUGAUACUCAGGAAGCAACGGUGGCAAUUAUCAGACAUUUUAAAAAUUGUAUUUUUCUAUGUUGCAUUUCCUUGAGCUUCCUAUGGAAGCAUUUUAGUGGCUUUCUAUGUGAGACUUUGCCAGGAGCUGUCAAUUCAGCAUGGUAAGGUUUUGUGCACCUUUAGAUUAUAUGAAAAUGUUAAGCUCAGAACAGAAACAAGCAAUUCCAUGCAAUAUCAAAUUUCCUUAUGAAAUGGUGGGAAAAGAAGCAACAAAAUCCCCUCUAGGAUCAUUAUUGUCUUUUUAAAAAAGAUAAAUGAUUAACAUUCUGCAUAGACUUAAAGUUGGGCAGAGAUACAGGGAUGCAAACUUAAGCAGCUCUAUAAGACCUCUAGCUCCACCUACGUUUCAUAUCCAAUCCUUCUUCUUUAACUUUCCGCAUGCUGGCAGAAUCCCACCACUCCAAAUGGUUAGGUCACAUUGAAAGCGAAAUCAGAACCUGUGGCCUGUCACUUGAGUUGCUGCUUAUGCUCCCACAAUUGGAAGCAUUCUAGACAAUCAAGCGCAGAAUCCUGGAGAUUGAAUUCCAAACCCUUAGUUGCACAGCCAAUAAACCCUGUUCCCCAUUGGGGUUGGGAAUUCCACCCUCUUUGGCCAGGACAUUUCAUAUUUACACCAGCUUUAUGAUCCCCACCUACUCAGAGCUCUUUCCCUCGCAAGAUUUAAUGUCUUAUCAUCUGCAGUUUUGCAAGGUAGAUUUUUGAAAAUCCCAUACUCUGAUACUGCCCUUGUGGCACAAAACAGGUUGAAUGCAUCACACACGUUUUGUUUUAUUGGCCAUUUUAUGCAAAAAUAUAUGAUAAGUAUUUGGCCCCCUUAUUGAAGGAGGGGAUUUAUCACACUGGCUCUUCCAGGGUUUUCUAUCUGCUGAACAAUUGUAGUAAUGAUGUUGUGGAGUAUGUGGCAAAAUGUUUGAGUGACGCCAUGAAAUUACAUCACCAUAGGUCCUAAGAGCCAUUUUCAUACCUCACAAUGUUUGGACAGCUUUAUCCUAAAGUAUCUCCUACUAUGUUUUGUUAACUGUAUUGUGUUCUGAUCCAUGUAUAGAAUGCACUUUUUCUAUGCCAAUAAAGGAGAUUGACUGAUUGACUUGUAGUUGUAGAGUGGGUUUUGAACCUAUAUUUUUUUUAAUUUCUCAGUUAGUAAUUCUGGUGUUCCAUUUGCAGGAACCGCAUUUCAGCACCUUUUUUUGGAUCAUGGACCGUAUGUAUGAAGAUGUGUCAGACUGUGAAGUGGAUCACUCUUUCUUCGAUAGUGACUUUGAAGAAGAUGCGGCGAGGAAAGGAGCAACAACAAAAACAGAUGAGAAGGCAAAUGGUGGGCACACACAAACGGAAGAUACAGUUACAGGCAAACCUGGCUUGAACAUGGAAACCAAAGUGGUGGAGGAUAACUGUACUGAGGAAGAAGACAAAGCAAAUAAAGAUACAGAAACUCAGGAGGGGGAGGAAUUAAACAAUGGUGCUUGUGAUCCUGAAAAUGCUGUGUUGUCGUUAGCUUCUCUAAAUUCAGAAAAGGCAAGUACAUCUGGUAGAAUUUCAGCACAAGGUAAAGGAACGCAUGGAAAAAAUAUUUCCUCUCAAGUUGACCAAAUAGUUAAAGCAUCUGAGGAAAACUACUAUACAGAUGAAGAAGACAGUAGCGAUGACAGCAGAAACCAGAGGGUUAGACUUAAGUUGUCUAAGCAGUCUAAUAGUGCAAAGGUUAGCAAGAAUAUUGCAGUCAGUUCCUCCUCGUCUUCCUCCUCCUCACAUUGCCUAUCCUGUAGUUCUGAUACAGACUGCUCAGAUUCAGAUGGUUGCUUGUCAGACUCAUCCUGCUCUUCUUCAAAAAAGAAAAGCAAAUGUAACUUGGCGCUUCUUUCUCUGAGAGAAAAACCCAGCCCAGGAAUUAAAUCGGUGGAAGUAAAACCUAAGCUCGGUGACUAUGCAGAAGAGUCUGAAGAUACUGUGACUGAUGUGACUCCUCUGUCAACUCCAGACAUCAGUCCCAUCCAGUCUUUUGAACUUGCAGCAUCUAAUGAUAAGAAACUAAAGGUUAAAAGACAAGAAAAUGUGAGCCAGGAGUUAUAUGGUAAGCAUGAGGUGCAAAAAGCUUUACACUUUUGAGGAGAACAAUUACAAGCCCUGACUGAAUUUCUGUUUCUCCUUAGAACCCGACUUGGAUCACAAAUGUCAUCAAAAGGUCCUGCAGGAGGCUGUGGACUUGAAUCAUCUUUUGAAAGGUGACAUUUUCUUAACUUUAAAAAUAUGGGAUUUGCUCUCAAAAUAAUAACAUUCUGAUAUAAUAUGUGUGUCUCUGCUGUUCUUUCAGAUCUGGAUAAACAUUUUCAGUUUUUCCCUUGAGUUCUAUGGAACAGCAAUUGUUAACAAAAAUAUUUGUUUGGUAAAGUUAUUAUUUAGAUAGACUGCACUCUAUACACGAUAAAUGUCUUUUCAAUUUAUUUCUGUUUAUUACAUUUAUAUUGUGCCUUCUCUCCAAUGAACUCAAGGAAGGACACAGAGUUUUCCCUGUCCAUUUUAUACUUCCAUCAACGCAUAUAAGUUGCUAUGGAGGUUAGGCUGAUAAAUAAUUACAGGACCAAGGUUUCCCCACGGUGCUUAGUGAUUGAGUGGGUGUUUGAAUCUGGGUCUGCCUGGCCCAUCUGUGCAACAAGCUCAAAAGGUCACCAUUGAUUCCACUGGAUAUAUUUUUGAAUUCAGAGUAGUAGUAAAAAUCUGCAUGGCCAUAGUAGCAUAAAUGACAACAUAUAACCUCUGAAGCAGACUCUUGAUUCUAUGUAUGUAUGUGUUUAAAUAGUACAUUGCUAGCUAAGGUUUGUAGUUGAAAAGAGAACCUGAAAUUUGCAGCCAAAUUCUGUGGACGGCUUAGAAACUAAAGAGGCAGUCAAUGGAAGACACUUUUUUUUUCCAGCAGAGCUGCUACGGCCCAGCCAAAAAAAUCACAUUCAAGGGGGACUGGGGAAACUUGGUUAUCUCCUGAAAGAUAAACCGGGUGUGGUGAUCUUAGUUUACCAAGGCCCUCCCAACCCAAUUUUCCUUCUACUCACUUUCGCCCCACAGCAACAACCAGAUCUCAUGGUUCAUCAUAACAAUGGACACUCAAUGUAUAUUUAUAGUAAAAUAAGUUAUUAUUUUCAAGUGGCAGUUUUCAGAUGUUAGGAUGCUUGUAGCUUAUACAUGUCAACCUUUUCUCUCCUAGCAGAGGUUCAUUGUUGUAUAAAUUACUGAGAGGCAAUAAUCAGUGAUGACUCAAUGCUAUGUAUUUAAUUAAGGUGGCUUUACUUGUUAUUAUGAGGUGAUCAUUACAAUUAUCAAAUUAAUAAUGAAACAGGAAUUCAGCCUAUGCUUGUCUAUUAGUUUGUGGUUCUGGUAAACACAUCCAAACACCUUUCCAUGUAAAAAAGGAAAAGAAAGCAUCAAUUACCUUGUAGCCUAAAGCAUCAAUGCUCUAUUGGACUCAAACUCUCUCAACCCAUACAGAGCCUUCAAGACUUUUAUCUCCCUGUCUUAAAUUUGCCAAAGUAUUGCACCCAUGGUAGCAACUAUUUUGAAAAUCAACUAGAGGUAUUGUUUUAGAGGGCAAACCGUGAAUAUGGGAAAACUCCAGGACUCUGUAAAACUUCCCUUCUUUACUGCAAUAGAAGUUUAGUAGUUGUACUCCUUGGGAAGACGUGAUCAAAAGUCUAGAUGCUGCCUAAGAACUGUUUGAACACAAUGUACUAAAUUCACUGGUAUGAAGUAGAGGAAAUGUGUGCUGAUCUCCUCCUGCAGGGCAGAAAUUGAUAAUCCAAGCAUAUAAAAUUGUCAUGUGUAUGAAACUCUGCUGUUCAGAAGUGUCCUCAGUUGCACAUAAGUUCACACAUGCCUUUCCUCUGCAGGAACCAUCCAGGUGUCAGUCUUGGGGAAAUAGUAUCUGAUAUUAGCAACACAAAAUUACGUACUUCAGUCGUAAACUGAAUGUUACAUUUUUCAGGCACUUUUGAAAGAGGGUGAUAAAUCAAAAGAGCGAGGGGAGGGUAUUCCAAUUAAUUCUUGAAAAUAUAUGAUAUAUAAAAAGAAACUCAACAUCACCAAAAAAAUAAAUAUGGAUUAUUAACCGUUUAAGUUACUUUGAUGUAGAAUGGGAGCACACAUUAGCUUAAUCAUGGUUUUUGAAUGUUUAAAGAUAUUUUAUCAGAUCAAGACUGAAAAGAUCUCAGAUCAUCAUUGCUUUAAAAUGUGAUGCUAGAACACUAUUCAUAUCCUUUGGUAAUGAUAAAUACUUAUUCAUCCUCUUGCACUUGAAUUCUGGAUAGACUUAUUUUCAAGGUAAAAUUUCUUCUGUUCUUGCAUCACUGGUAAUUUGGUUUAUGAAAGGGUAUGUUCUUUAACUGUUAACACUCCAGAAGAGCCUUGAUAAUGUAUGCAUCUUUUCUCAGGUGAAGAGAAUUUUAUUUUCUUUCUUGCCAGCAGCCCCAGAGACAACCUGAAACCUCAUUUUAAUGUCUGCUUUCUUCUCUCACAUUGCAUCUUGAGAUUGUGAUCAGAUGCAGACUCCAUCUGUCAUCCAACUUUUCCCUUCUCCGCCUCCCCCCUUGCUCUGUUUGCCAUCUAGCCUAAUAUAGAGUUCCUGCCUUCUAAUUUGUGGCAUUUGGGUUGACCUAAUAAAGGUAUUGCCCAAAUACAGACUUUGGAGUUUUUUUCCUUGCGGCCCAACUUCUCCUUUUGCGUACCUUUUUUCAUGUCACGUAUUUACACAAUGCAAAGACCACGCUGUUUUAGCCUCCUGUUUAGCCUCCAGUUUUUGUAAUGCAAAUAUAAAAAUGAUCUGUAGAUGAAGGGAGCCAUUUGUCUGUCUCUGGGCAUAAGUGAGUUAGAAUAGGACUCUUAGAACAGGCUUCCUCAACCUCAGCCCUCCAGAUGUUUUUGGCCUACAACUCCCAUGAUCCCUAGCUAGCACGACCAGUGGUCAGGUAUGAUGGGAAUUGUAGUCUCAAAACAUCUGGAGGGACGAGGUUGAGGAAGCCUGUCUUAGAAUGCAAUUGGAGCUCUCUGAACACAGAGCUCUGGGUCAAUUAGCGGAAGAGGCUGCUUUACUUCUCAGUAGCUCAUUACAGUUUCUUGACAACUUGUAUUGACUCAAUUGGACAUGCACGUCAAUGCAUGAUAGGGAACGGAAGUCUCCCUUGUACACAAAACAAUAAACAAUAGAAAUUAGCACAAUAAACCACAGAUUUCAGUCCACCCAGAGAGGACACUUUCCACAUUAUAACUCAUCCGGAAGAGCAAGUACAGCCCAGUUUUGCAAAAGAAUGGGAGGAAUUAUGUGUCCUGCGCUCUCUUUACAAGUUAAAUACAGCUAAGCUGCAGAAUUUAGCAUAAAUAAAUAAAUCAUUAGCUAUUAAUUUUUUAAUGGGAGGAAUUAUGUGUCCUGCACUCUCUUUACAAGUUAAAUGCAGCUAAGCUGCAGAAUUUACCAUAAAUAAAUAAUUAGCUAUUAAUAUUUUUUUUACCGAACUUAAUCUAAAGAUCACAGGAUGAUUUACAAUAUAAAAACAAAAAACUACAUACCUAGAACAUAAAUAAGAACAAUAACACCCCACCUACAUGCACAGUUUAAAAGGCCAUAGAUUGCUUAAUUAGCCAAAGGCCUGGGAGUGGAGGGUUGUUUUUGCCUGGAACCUGAAGAUAGGUAAUGAAGGCGGCAGGUGAGCCUCCCUGGGGAGAACAUUCCACAAGAGGGGAGCCACCACAGAAAAGGCCUGUUCUCAUAUUGCUGCCCUCCAGACCUUUUGCAGAGGAGACACACAAAGAAGGCCCUCAGGUGAUGAUCACAUAGGCAUGUCCUCUUGUUUUAGAAAAGUUUUUAAAAAGUUAAGAAUGUAACCAGUCUAGAGAUAACACCAGUAUGACUUCAAACGUUGUGGAACGGUUAUUGGCUGGAGCUGAGGAUUCUGGUAUUAAUACAAAUAUAUGUAGUUUUUGAAUGCUUUCUAUCAUUUGAUUACACUGCUCUGAUAUGAGAUGUCCGGUGCCAAUCUAUUAUGACGCACUGCUGAUGUCAUGUAAGCAGAUUCUGUAUUAUGACAUCCUGGCAGUAAUCAUUGCAGCAUCAGAAGUGUUUCAAGAGUUGAACAGCAGGAAAGAGGAUUUCUCCAUACAAUUAGACUUGAUAUAGAUCAAUGUGAUGAAACAUCCCAGGUUUCAGGAAUUUGCUGGCAGAAAAUAGGUGAGUGCUGUAGGCAGAAAUUAGAGAGAUGAAUUUAAACUUUAAGGGGCAGCAUCAAAGAGAGGUUACUUUAAUGAGCAAUAUGUUAAACAUGACUUGGAAUAUGUAACUAAACAUUUCUGUAGUCAAAAUCAAUCUACAUUUAUUUUGUACAGCACCUAGCACAUAGUUUCAUCCUAAUCCUGGAAACAGUGUGGGUGCUGCCAUAGACUACCUAUUUAAUAAAAAUAUGUAUACAUAUGUUAUAUGUAAGCUCUGGUUUUAAGCCAGGAUUGUCUCCAGAAGGAUUUUGCAAUCCAUGGAUAGGUGCAAUAGUCUAAGGAUAUGUGAAGUUGUUCAUGGUAGUCUGAUGUCAUAGUCUUGGUUCCAGUGUCUUACCUGCAGAAGCGGGUUGGGCAGGAAGAACUGUAGAUUGGUUUUGGCUUAUAGAUUGGUAGAUUGUCUUAUAGUUGAGAUACAUAGAUGUAUUUAUCCUGGGUGGGCAUAGCUAAUAUCCAUGGCAUCAAUUGCCAUUUUUUAGCUUUCCAAUACAAUUUGUAAGAUAUCUUUGUUUUGAUUAUCUCACAAUUGUACUUUUUUUUGGGGGGGGGGAAUUAUAUACAUAAAAUAUAUUUGAUAGUGAAGUCCCUUUUAAGUUCAACAUGAUCACCCUGAUAAAGUUUUAACUGAUUACAUUAAGUACUGUAUAUCCCAAACUGCCAAACCAACUGGUAUUGGUUUACAAAUACCACCCAAAAUAUUUUCUCAUUUGUGACCAUUUUGCGAAAGUUGCCAAAGAACAUGCCUGGGGCUUGAUUCCUUGGUGCACCUGAAUCAGACGGUCUUGAAUACCGCUCUUAAGCUCUGUGCUGAUGUUCAUGCAGAUUAUUUGUUGCUGGACUCGUCUCCUUUAUCCCUAACCACCAUCCCUGGUAAGGGAUGAUGAGAGCUAUAGCCAAAAAAUAUCUGGAGGACCACAGGUUCCUUAUCCCUGUUCCAGAUUGUUAACUUCUACCCAUGGUGAAAGGAGAAAACCUGGUGCCAGGUAACAAAUCAACAAUCCCUUAAUCAGGGCUUUUUUCAGCCGGAACUCACUGGAACUUAGUUCCGGCACCUCUCAGGUGGACUCCAUAGCCAUUCUAAGAGGAGGAGGAAAGUGUUCAUGAUGAAUUCCAGCACCUCUUUUUCUAGAAAAUGAGCACUUCUCUUAAUGAAUCUAUAGUAAUUGUGGUGAUAGAAGCACAUUUUUUGGCUAUAUGAAAGCACUCCUAUCUUAUUUGUAAGAGGGGGGCCAGAAGUGGAAAACUCCCUUCUUGUGCCUUAGGACAUUUGUUUUACCUUUGUUUAUGAUGGCAUUGCUUAUGAAGCAGAAGCCAGGUGUUCACAAUAUGCACAUUUUUAACUGUUCUCAGUGAGGUGUAGGAAAGAUUAGUCUUGCACAACUUCACUGUAUAUUAUAUCUAGCAACAAUCAUUUUAAUCUGCUAAUCUAGGAGUUUUAAGAUUUCACUUCAUUUCCUAAGGUGACCUUGUGUUUCAGUAUUAAACAAUACAUUUUUAACUGUCCUCCAUAGGGACUGUAUGAUAGAGCAAGACUGGGGUGCUUUAUCCAUUGCAGAGAACUAAAGCACUCUAAUUUAGAAGAAAUUAUCUAUGUAGAAGCUUCAAGCAAUGAAGGGUUGAGAUGUGUAAGUGACUCUUUAAUAUGCAAUAUUUAAUAGCUGUUUUGCCACAUUCCAAUAUGUAAAGCAUUAGAACAGAGCAUGUAAAGGUUGUCACUGGCUAAAUAGCCACACAACUGGCCCUCUGUGCACAAAGGUUCUUUGGACUUGUGUGUUUCAUCCACAUCUUUUUGUUGGCCAAGUCACAAACUAUCAUGCAGGCAUAAUGUAAUCUUUUGAUGUAAUUUCACUUACCUUACCUAGCACUCCACUGCCAGAUACAAAACAGUUUUCUGUGAGUAGAAGGGCACCUUCGAAUCAAACCUGUCAUAUUUAACUGAAGUACAGGUGGAAUACUGGUAACUUAGAAUUGUAUACUAAUAUAUUGGGAGAAACCGAGCACAUAGAAGAGUAACACUUUUAAUUGAGUUUAAUUUCGCACUGGCAUGAAAUUCAGUACUAAGUAGUGUGAGAGCACCUUUUAUUAAUUUUGGGAAAACUCUUUUACCAGUUUUUGUGAUUUUGCUGGAAAUAAAUCAUUCCCUUUCUUCACUGUAUGCAUCUCAUGACACUGUUCCCCUAGCUGCAACUCUUCUGCCAGUUCUUGGUAUUUCGCCCCAAGUGAAGAUGGGUAUUAGGAUGGAACAACUAGCUCUCUUCUCCAUAUGCAUUGGCUUUUCCUUUUAGCUUUAUUUCUGAAUCCUGGCUUAUAAUUACUUAUCAACCUAGCAGUUUGAAAGCAUGCCAGUGCAAGUAGAUAAAUAGGUCCCGCUGUGGCGGGAAGGUAAACGGUGUCUCCGUGUGCUCUGGUUUCCGUCAUGGUGUUCGUUGCGCCAGAAGCAGUUUAGUCAUGCUGGCCACAUGACCAAGAAAGCUGUCCGUGGACAAAUGCCAGCUUGGCCUGAAGCAAGACGAGUGCCACACCCCAGAGUAGACAUAACCAUCCAGGGAUCAAUUACCUUUACUUUUUUUACCUUAUCAUCAUCAUCAUCAUCAUCAUCAUCAUCAUCAUUUAUUAUGUUUCUGUUCCACCUUUCCUCUCAACAUAGCCCAGGGGUGGCAAUCAACUAAGCAGCAAAACAGCGCAACAUAAAAUAAAUUAUAUUUACAACCUCUAAAAACAUUGAGAAUAGCCAAAUGUUUUGUUAAAUAGUUGCAUACCCCUACAGCUAAAAUGUCUCUCUCUUUCCACAAACUGAGUAGCCCUUUCCCAAAACAUAUUUUCCUAGUUACUGUUUGCAGUUUAUCAUACUGCUUAUUAUUUCAGUCUUGGUCACCCAGUGUAAGGUUUUGGAGAGUCAUGUAGAAACUUAACUAAGAGUAAUGGAGGUCCCUAUCCAUGCAGAGUUUCUGAACACACCAUUCAACACACCAUAUGUUCCCUUGAUUUCUGUAGGUUUUGAACCUAAUUAAGAUUUAAAAUUUAUGUACCACCUUCUGUCUGCUUUUACUCUUGCCAUUUAAGUCCCUAAAGACAAAUCAAACUUGUUCAAUAAUUUCAGGCUCUCUAACAUCACUGUGGGUUUUUGUUACACUUACAAGGGAGUUGCCUUCCCAAGACACACAGCUUAAGGCUAUCAUCAGUUGCACACUUGUCUGCUUUGCUGCAAAUUUUAAAUUCCAGUCCAUGGUUUACUUUUGAUAAACUAAACAGCAAAAUGUUACUGGUAGAAGAUAUGUAUCCGUGCCAGAGGCCUUUGAAAUAAACUCUGCCUACUGUAAACAGAUUAGUUGAGCAGUCCCAUAUCCAUUCAGCAGAAAGCAACAGUUUCCUUUCUUCAUAUGUGGUAGAAUCAUAGAUUAGAAGUAGGCAAGAUACUUCCUUGAAGAUGACCUAAGCAUUCCUGAAAUCAUCAGUAGUCAAGGCUUUUGCUCAGAGACGGUAUACUUCCUACAGUGCUAGAAGUUGAAUCAUGGAAAUGAAAUCCCACAAUCCCUAGAAUGAAAAAUGCAAGGCAAAUGUUGAUAAAUGUUUGUUUAAAUAUUGUGUGCUAUUUGUAGACCCUUUGCCAUGUCACUUUGGGUUGCUUAACCACACCUCUGUGCCUAACUCAAUAGCACACAAGGUCGAAGAACAAAGUAUCUGGUGUUUGAAACUCUAAAAAAUACUGUCCUUGGCUAAUGCUCAUGUUUCUUUCAGCAGUGUACAUAUUGCCAAUGAUGAGAAAUGUAAGUUGAUAUAGUGUGGUUCUCCUAGUAUGGAGAGACUCUUCCACAGCAACUGCCAGUAUAGGACAUCUUAACUCAGGGAUCACCAAUGUGGUACUUGUGGGUAGACUACAUGUGACUACUCUGUCUUAACUUCAUGUACAUUUUCAAAAUUAUCCAUAUUAUUAGCUCAUCAUGUAUUUCUAGAUGUGGCCAAGUGCUCACAUUGCCCAGUCCUAGCUCAUGUUUAAGAAUUAUAAUGCACAUCAUAGACCCAGCUUCACAUAUGUGUUGGAUUCCUCCUUAAGUAUACUUCUGUGCUAUGUCAUGACUUUUUAUGGUUUCCAUGCAUUCUGUUUCUUUUGUUUGGAAACAAAUGAGAGUUGGUGUGCCUCUUACACUUGGAGCCUAAUAUUGCAACCUUAUGCACAAUUUUCUAAAACUAAGUGCCAUUGAACACACUGGGAUAAAUAACAUUGCAAAAGGGUGCACUGCAAAUAUCCUUCGGUGCCAUGGUAGCAGCAGUAUUGUGUUCUCUCUAGGCUAGCCUUUCCCAAUCUGGUGCCCUCUGAGUGCUUGGGCUAUAACUCUCAGCAACACAAGCCAGCAUAGUCAAUGGUUUGGAGCAUUAUGGGAGUCAUAGUGCAGCAACACCCACAGGACACCAGGCUGAAAAAAGCUUCUGUAAGCUUUUGCUACGUAUGCAUGUGUUGCCAUUUAAAAGCUAUAGGCUGAAAAUGAGGUAACCCCCUCACUUAAGUUAGCUGGUUAAACCCAAACUCAGAUAUUUCUGGAUUUCAAGUGAAGAUAUACAACCCCCUCCAUCUAUGUUGGCUUCUCAAAGGUUUAUUUGUUUUUAAAGCUUUUCUGCAGCUGGAGAAAAAAGAACAACAGAAGCUGGUCUUGGAUCAGUCCUCUAUAGGGUCAAGGAAAAACUACUCUUUCACAAAUGAGGAAGUUCGACAAAUUGAUCGGGAGAACCAAAGGCUCUUAAAGGAAUUGACAAAGCACUCUGCAAAGCCCAGGAGCAAAAGUGCCUCGCUGAAGAAGCCUCCAGGCCCAGCACCCAAGAUGUACCACAGUGCCAUCAACAGGCAGAGAGAGCAGCAAAGGAUUGACAGAGAGAAUCUGGUUAGUUGAAGUUCUUUCGUUUAUUAAGCGGAGUUUUGUACCUACUAAGUGCAUCUAUUACAACCUUUAAUAAGUCAUUGAGCAGUGUCAUUGUACUAUUGCUAUGAUUUGGAGAGAUGCGUCAUUGUAACACCCGCCACAUUCUGUCCAUGUUCAACCUAGGAGGAAAGAGGGGGAAACCAGCCAACCAGAAAAUAAAAAGCAGUAUAAAAAUGGCAUGCCCCCAGCAUCCCUUGAAACACAACCGCACCCCACCAUUGUGUGAACUAUGAAGUCCACAUACCACCCACACAGAGAAGGAACCAGUGAACCCCCAGCCCCCAACUGCAGUACACACUACCAUGUUGCAGCACACCAGUCUUAUCUGCUGCAGUGCCAUAGUCACAUCUCCCUCCUCAUUGACCCUGUUCCAUGCCCUUCUUUCCCCUGGCUGGAAUGUGUUCCUAAAUUUUGAUAAUGCUUCUUGGGCUGCGUACACACUGUACCUUUAAAGCACAUUCUUUCCCUCAAAGAAUUCUGGGCACUGUAGUUUCUUAAGGGUUGUUGGGAACUGUAACACAGUGAGGGGUAAAUGGCGCCCAGAAUUCUUUGAGGGAAAUAAUGUGCUUCAUAUACACUUUAAAGGAAUAGUGUGCAUGCUGCCUUAUUUGUCUGGAUGCACAGUUGUGUGUAAACCUUUUGACUCUUUUGCAUGGCUGAAAUGCGGCCUACUAUGUACAAGGGCUACACACCUCCGAUAAGGAGUGGGUUGGAGGGAUCCCUAUCUACCACUCCCUCGGAAAAAAGAAAGUUAACUUGAGGAGUUCUUGAACUGUCAUCUUGGUAGCAAGGAAGAAGAAAAACAAAUUAUGUAGUACCAAGAGAGUACAUUAAUAGUGUGUCAAAAGCACGAAGAAUGUAGCCCAUAACAUAAAAUGAAAUGGAAAUAAUUGAGGCGAUAGCUAGCAGUCAGUUUCAUUAUCUGUAUCUUUGCUUGUUCCAUUACCAUUGAACCAUUGUUGUAACCAUAGUAACACAUAUUGAGGCAAAUGGAAACUCGCAUUUCCAUGUAAUAGGUCUUUAUCUAGAGCUGAUCAAAUAGUAAUAUAAUGUAAUUUUGCAAAGUAUUAUUACAUGCAGGAACAGAGAGAGUUUGAUUCAUGCUCUGUCUGCUUUUUGCAUAAGAAUUCUGAUCUCUGCUAAGGGUUUAUGAAUCCUAAAUUUGCAGUAAAUUAUAUAAUGUACUCUGUCUCUCCAAUACUCAGGAUUUUAUUUUUAAAAUUCCUAUACUAAGAAGUCUAAGCACUUGAUGCCUUUCCUUGUGUAUCCCCACCCUGCAAUCCCAUUCCUCUGUUGGUCUCUUUCUGAACCUUCACAGGUUCAAUUAUAUUCUUUUGAGGUGCAGCAACCACAAAUGCAUACAAAUAUUCUGGAUGUAAAUUCAUCGCAGAAUGGUUUGGUGACAUUAUGAUACUGUGAUUCCCCCACACACCCUCUUAACACAUCUGCAGUUGCAUUAUUCUUCAUAGUAUCAGAUAUAUUGACAUAUACACAUACUUGGUGAAUUUUGUGCUGUGAGAUUAAUCCAUUUACAUUUUCUUCAUCAGGGCUUAAAUUCUCAGCUAAGAGCUAUAGACAGAAAUAUCUGUCCAUGUUUUCACCAAGAGGCAAAUGUAUUUGUUCUUUGCUUGUUGGUUCUUUUGAUAUACUGUAAUUGCAUUGAGCUCAUAUUUCCCAGUUUUAGCAACCACAUCCCUCGUGCUCUAAAUGAAAUAGAUUGACCACACUUGUUCCGAAAACUAGUGAUCUUUCAGAAGAUUGAUCUAAAAGGUUCUUUUUUGGUGAACUCUAACUACCGAGUGUUCAAUUUCUGUUUUGGUUAUUUAGCAUUUCAUUAUAAUUACCCAAGUUGCAUUUAUACUUCAUUUAGUUAUUGGUACAUGGUUAUCUUGUCUUUAGUCAUUGGUCCCAUUCUAAAGUCAAUUAUCCUUUUAAAUCUUUUUUCCUUCGUAUCAUAUUUUUCUAUAUGCAUUCCUACGUAGGGGAGCAGAUCUUCCAUGUUGUUUUCUGCUACCCUUCCUAGAUAGAAACACAUUUACAGGUUAAAGCAAAGUUUAUAGCUUAUUUUGAAGUUUUCAUUUUUCCUCACUUGGCAGGUGUCCUUUCAAUGUGACUGUUCAGCAUCAAUGUAAUUUGCUGGCCUUGUUCAGAUAUAACACUAAGCCAUGGUUUAGUGUUAUGAUAACAGCCCACAGAAUGCCUCAGGCCUGCAUCCUUCUCUCAUUGGAGCCAUGAGGAGAGGUUGGGAAGCUUUCACUUCCAUUUUAGAUUAACUGCAAUUUGUCAUGUCAUCCAAACUCUGACAAACUAAUUAAUUUUAAUGAUGAGGUUUUUUUCUGAAACAAGCCAAAUAGUGGUUGAUGAAGCUAGCCUGUUUCAGUUAAUCAUAAGGAAGAUUAACCACAGUUUAGUGAUCAGGCGAUGAGCUAAACUGCAGUUAAUUUAAAGUGGAAGUGAAAGCUUCUGACUAUGCCAUAAGGAGGAACCCAACAAUCUCAAAAGUCAUUGGGGCUUGCUCUUGUAAUGCUAACCUAUGGUUUAGACUGAGUUAUAUCUGAAAACAGCCUUUCUGACAAUUGAUACGUAAAGCCUCAGGACACUCUUUCCUGACCAUUAUGAAAUAACUAGUUAUAUAUAAUAUACCUUAUAGCAUAAUUUUUGUAUGAGUAAAAUUUCCACUUUCAUUUUAAAGUAACCUUUUAUUUUUACAUUCCCCACUGCUCUAGAUUAUAGUCAAAGCCCUUUCUUUGCCAUUUCUCUCUAUUUCCCCCUUAAUACAUUGUUAAAGUAAGUAUUUGUUCAGUUAGUGCAAGAACAUUUUCCUGCACUCUCCCCAAGCACCACAUCGAUAGCAAUGUGUGAUGGGAUGAUGAGCUGCUUGUGCGUAAAAUCGUAUCCCCUCAGAGUUUGUUCAAGUCCACAAACCUCUGUCUGUGACGGAGCCCCUCAGACAUGGCUCCUCUAGUCACUAGCAGAUUCCGACAGUGGUUGCUUUCGUAAUCGCUUCCAACAUAAAAGCUCCUUAACGGAAACACGUCUUCUGGACCCUCUGCGUGUCAGUUUCCGGCGAGGAGUGGGUGUCCCUACAGGAGGUCCUGAAACCUCCCCACUGUUUUCGCUGGAAGUGUCUCUGAGCCAUCCCUCCAGCUCACUUUCCCUCCGCUCAGCUCCUCUCCCCCUACUGGUUCCCUCUUCAGCUGCUGAGUCUCUCCCAACCUGUGUGAGCCCUUUCACCUCCCUUCCGUCUUCAGCUGCUGAGUCUCUCCCAACCUGUGUGAGCCCUUUCACCUCCCUUCCGUCCGAUGGCAGUUCCCUGACAUCCACCUCCCCUCCAGGGCCCCCUUCACCCCCUCUCGCCCCCUCCUCUACGGGCGGUGAGGAGGCAAAACACCGGAAUGAACUUCCUUCAUCUUCCGAUGUCUCGAACACUUCUCUCCACCUGUUGCGGUUCCUGGUCUCGAAGUACUCCUCCUCCUCAGAGUCCAUCUCCCCUCCCCUUCCGAGUCCGGGAAGCCUUCCAACUCCUCCUCCUCAUCAGUGGUCCCAAAGUAUUCCCUCCGGAACCUCUCCACAGGCUGAGGUUUCCUUGGGAACCUUUGAUGGAACGUUUCUAUCAAUACCUCGUCAUUGAUAUCUUCGGCCAUUACCCAAGUGUUUUCUGACUCCGGUUCUCCUUCCCACGCUACCAAAUACUCCACCUGAUUCCCCUUCCACCUGGCGUCGAGGAUUUCUGCCACAUGGCUGCUGCAUUCUCUUUCUUCUAUGACCGGUCCCCGAGUGGCCAUCCCUUCUCGUCCCCCUUCGUACGGUGACAGUAACGACCUGUGAAAUACUGGGUGCAGUUUCAUGUGGUUGGGUAACCGGAGCCUGAAAGCCACUGGGUUGACCUGUUGAAUGACCUCAAAGGGACCCAACCUCCUGGGUCUUAAUUUCUUACAACCUCCUUUGAACGGCAACCCUUGGGUUGACAGCCACACCCUAUCUCCCACCCUUAUGGUUUCACCUUCCCUUCGGUUCUUGUCUGCUUGCCUCUUGUAUUCUUCCUUCGCCCUUUCUAAGUUGAGUUGGAGCUGACAAUGGAUUGCUUCCAUUUCUUCUACAAAAUGCUCGGCUGCCGGGACGCUCCAUCUCUCCCCAUCUCCCCUGGGAAAGCCCUGGGAUGACACCCAUAAUUAGCCAAGAAGGGGCUCAUCCCUGUGGACACAUUCUCGGCAUUGUUGUAGGCAAAUUCCGCCAGCGCCAACUUUUCUACCCAGUCAUUCUCUCUGUCAUUGACAUAACACCUCAGGUAUUGCUGGAGGACACCGUUUGCUCUUUCCGCCUGCCCGUUGGUUUCAGGGUGCCGGGCAGUCGAAAAAUUGACCUCCACCUGCAGUAAGCUCAUGAGCUUCCUCCAGAACCUGGAAGUAAAUUGUUUUCCUCGGUCUGAGACCACUCUCAAUGGCACCCCGUGCAACCUAAAAAUGUGUUCUACAAAUAACUUCGCUGUCUCUUCCGCCGUGACUGCAUGCGAGCAAGCUACAAAGUGGCACAUCUUUGUUAGUAGGUCCACCACCACCAUGAUGGCUGUUUUCCCUUUGGACUUCGGCAGAUCAGUCAUAAAAUCUAUCGACACUGCCUCCCAAGGUCGUUCUGGGGUUGGUAAGGGUUCUAAUAGCCCCGCCGGCGCCCGCCUUUCCCCUUUGGCUCGCUGGCAUUGCUCGCACCCUCUUACAUACUCACGUACAUCUUCCCUCACCUUGGGCCACCAAAAUUCCCUGGUGACCAACCACAUGGUUUUGUGUUGUCCAAAAUGCCCCGCCGUAGGGCUGUCGUGCAACUGCUUGAGUACCCUCCCCCUUAAGUCUCCUUCAGGGAUAUACAGUGCCCCUUUGUAAUACAGAGCUCCAUUUCUUUCCUCGAACCCCCCUGGUUCCUCUCCCUCACCCCUAAGACCUCUGAGCUUAUUCUGGGCGUAUUCAUCAUUCUCUGUUUCCUCUACCAGUUCUCUUUGUCCCACCAAUGCCGCCCCACACACCCAGCGGUCCUCUGGAAUGACAUGUCUCUCUUCGGGUGCUCCCUCCCCUCCAAAUAUUCAGGUUUGCGUGAGAGAGCGUCCGCCCUAAUGUUCUCUGGGCCUGGCACGUAACAAAUCUCAAAGUUAAAUUUGGAGAACUCCUGGGCCCAUCUCACUUGCCGUUGGUUGAGCACUCGUGCCGUCCUCCAAUACUCUAGGUUCUUGUGGUCAGUGCACACUUGCACCUUAUGUUGUGCGCCAAUUAGCAGGUGCCUCCAUCUCCGGAACGCCUCAUGAAUGGCUAGUAGUUCUCGGUCAUACACCGUGUAGUUCCUCUCGGAUUUGUUCAGCUUUCGCGAAAAAAUGGCACACGGUCUCCACUCUGACUCCUCCUUGCCUGGCUGCAGAAGCACCGCCCCAAUCGCUCUGUCUGAUGCGUCAGUUUCCACUCUCAUCGGUUUUUGUAAAUCCACAUGCAGGAGUUGUUGUUCCGAGGCGAAGGCCCUUUUUAGUUCCUCAAAUGCUCGCUCCGCCUCCUCAGUCCAAACGAACUUCUUCUUACUGCUGAGACAGUCCGUAAUGGGCGCCGUCAGGUGGGCAAAGUUUCGGAUGAACUUACGAUAGAAGUUCCCAAAUCCUAGGAACCUCUGCACAUCCUUCCUUGUUUUGGGUGUUUUCCAUUCCAGCACCGCCUGGACCUUGCCGGGAUCCAUGGCCAAUCCCUUGUCUGACAGGCGAUACCCCAGGAAUUCCACCUCCUUGGUAUGAAACUGACACUUCUCCAGUUUCACCCACAGCUGGUUGGCUUGCAGCCUGCUCAACACUUCUCUGACGUCUCUCACAUGCUGCUCCUCAUUCUCAGAAUACACCAACACGUCGUCUAAAAAGGCCACACAAUUCUUGUAAAGCAAAGGCCCCAGGACGUGGUUCAUAAACGAUUGAAAGGUUGCGGAGCCUGCUUGUAGGCCGAAGGGCAUAACCAAAUAUUCAAAUGCCCCUAAAGGGGUGAACAUGGUGGUUUUCCAUUCAUCCCCCUUCCUUAUUCGUACCAGGUUGUACGCCCCCCUUAGGUCCAGCUUUGUGAAAAUCUUUCCCUUCCGCACCCUUGUCAAAAUGUCGUCAAUCCUGGGCAUAGGGAAGGCCACUGGUUCUGACACUGCAUUUAAGGCCCUGAAGUCACACACCAGCCUCGGCUUGUUCGUGUUUUUUUAUCCACAAAAACACUGGGCUGCCCCCACCGCCCUGGACUCUCUGAUGAACCCUCUCUUCAGGUUCUUGUCAAUGAACUCUCUUAGCUCCUGCAUCUCUCUGUCUGACAUGGCGUACAGCUUGCCUACAGGGAGCUGUGCCCCAGGGAGUAAAUUGAUUUGACAGUCAAAGGGUCUAUGCGGGGGUAGUUGGUCAGCUUCCCUUUCGCUGAAGACGUCACGGAGAUCUGCAUAUUGUCGUGGUACCUUCACGUUCUCCGUUACUUCAGUCCCUGCUAGGGUGGCUUGGGCCCCUGCCAAACCCUUUCCCUCUUUGCAGUGUUCUAAGCAAUGUGCUGAACCAAAAGAAACCACUCUCUGAUGCCAGCCCACCAGCGGAUCAUGUAACGCUAGCCAGCUCAUCCCCAAUAUAAUGGGAGCUCCUCCCAAGGUGGCCACAUUAAAAGCUAUCAGUUCGGUGUGCCUUGCUACCUUCAUUAUCAUUGGGACGGUCUGCAAGCUGACUUCUCCUCCCAACAGCUCCCUGCCAUCGAUCGUGGUCACCUGCAGGGGGUUGCUUAAAGGGAUCGUCUGUAUCUGGUGUUCAGCUGCAAACUCUUUGCUCAUGAAAUUGCAGGAGCUGCCUGAGUCCAACAGCGCCUUUAUCUUUAGAGGGUGUCCGUUUGGCAGCUCUAGCGUCACUUCUAUCACUAGGGCGGGUUUAGGAGGUUCUGGCGUGGGCACUCUCACUGCUCUUUGGCCUGGCUGCUGUGCCCCGACAGUGGCAGCCAGGCGUUGGCUUUUACUUGCUCCGGUAUUUCUUCCUCUCUUCCCUCCACAGCUCCUACCAUCCCUUGCCAUUCCUUCCUCUGGGGGCAGACUCUGGCAAAGUGACCUGGCUGUUGGCAGAGAUAGCAUUUCCGGGCGCCUUUUCCCUCCUUCUUUCCCCCUCACUGGGCUUUGAAACUGCGCGCGCGCGCUGUUCCGAUUUCCAUCGGCUCUGCCGGCGGGAAAGUUGGCUCUGGAAUGUCUGGAAUGCGGAACUCCUUCCAACGUUCCCCUUUCCCUUCCCGCCUCUCCAAUGCUCUCGCCUCCUGGCGCGCUCCUAUGGUCAGCGCUGAUUUGGUCAGCUGGUCCAUAGACUCCGCCCUGGGCGCCCGGGAAAGUUCGUCUUUCACAGCCGAAGAAAGCCCUUCUUCAAAGAGCAUUUGAAUGGGUUCCGCCGAUAAGUCCCACCCCAAUCUGUGCACCAGCAUGGUGAACUCAGUCCAGUACUCACGGACAGAUCGGCUCCCCUGUUUGCAAGCCAUUAACUGUCUGCGCACCACUCCCUGUUCAAUAUCGCUGGAAAACAUCAGAUCCAUGGCGCGAAAGAACUUCAUCGUGUCCUUUAGGACGUCACUAUUCGCUGCCAUCAGGGGUCUAACCCAGUCUCUCGCCCCCUUUUCAAGAUGCUCAAUCACGAAAGCCACUCGUGAUUCCUCGUCAGGAAUUCAUCAAACUGCAGAUUGAGGGCAUAUUGCAUCUCUGUCCGAAAGCCAUAAUAGUCUUUGGGCUCCCCCCCAAACUUCUGCACCAAUCCUGGUACCUUUCUGGCGAGCUGGGUGGCUUCCCCUUUUUGUCUGCAUCCUGAGCCCUCCUCUCCUCAAGCCUCGCCGUCUGCAUCGCUAGCUGGACCUCCAACACCCGGUACCUUUCUUCCAGGCUUGGACCCGCUCCAGCUCCUGCUUCUCCGGUUCCGGCUGGGUUGCUCAUGAUGCCUUCUCCUGCACAAGCUGCUUUCAAAGACUGUCGGAAUGCUGUGAUGGGAUGAUGAGCUGCUUGUGCGUAAAAUCGUAUCCCCUCAGAGUUUGUUCAAGUCCACAAACCUCUGUCUGUGACGGAGCCCCUCAGACAUGGCUCCUCUAGUCACUAGCAGAUUCCGACAGUGGUUGCUUUCGUAAUCGCUUCCAACAUAAAAGCUCCUUAACGGAAACACGUCUUCUGGACCCUCUGCGUGUCAGUUUCCGGCGAGGAGUGGGUGUCCCUACAGGAGGUCCUGAAACCUCCCCACUGUUUUCGCUGGAAGUGUCUCUGAGCCAUCCCUCCAGCUCACUUUCCCUCCGCUCAGCUCCUCCCCCCCUACUGGUUCCCUCUUCAGCUGCUGAGUCUCUCCCAACCUGUGUGAGCCCUUUCACCUCCCUUCCGUCUUCAGCUGCUGAGUCUCUCCCAACCUGUGUGAGCCCUUUCACCUCCCUUCCGUCCGAUGGCAGUUCCCUGACACAAUGUAAGUUUAAUUUUUUUUUUAAAUCCUCAGUCUAAAUUGAUUAUCUCCCCUGCCCUUGGUUUUAUGAAGACAACUUUUUAAGCACCUUAAUCCAAAAUUUCCUUUACUAUGCUUCUGUUACUUCUCAGAACCAAAUAUCAGACUGCAAAUUAAUUAAUUAAUUUAUUUUUUGUUGAAUGACAGUGAAACUUGUCCUUAUAUUAAGGAAUAUUUCAGUGCAACUGUUAGUAGUAGCAGUGAUACAGGGUAGUAUUUAGCUAAGUUUACUAAAUAGAAGUAAAAUGCUAACUUGCUAAACUGAGUUGAAAUCCAAUGCAAAUUACCUCUGCAAAUUAACCUUAUUUGUUUAUGGAAAUGUUCCAGUUCAUUUUUUUCUGGAAAGUUCACAACAGCACUUAUUUUUUAUCUGUAUUGGGGAAAAUGAACCAGUGCCAAGUAAUACAGGAUAUUCUGUGUGUUCUGGACAUUUUUAUAUAGACAGCUGUUUAUACUGGACAAAAACCAGUUUCCUGUUUUUCCUGUGACUGUUACAUGUAAACAGAAUUGGCAACGUGAAGUACGUUGCUGCCGCUGAAGAGAAUUUUCUUCUAGAAAAGCAUUUCCUCUUUUUUAUUAUUACAUUUUUAUCUUGCCUUUCCCCCUUCUUCUGUGAGGUAAUCCUGACUGCAAGAUUUUGACUGGCCCAAGAUCACUCAGAUGUCUUUUAGGCAGGGAAGGAAUUUGAACUUAGACUCUCCCUAAUCCAAGGCAGACAUCCUUUCCACAACACCACACUGAAACACAAACACACUAUCUCCUCGCAUACUUGCCCAUACUAAAUAUUUAGAUUUUAUAUGACCCACCAGUGGCAUCAAGCAAAAUGAUUGCAUUGAUGUGUCUGAUAGUUUUGGGUUUUCUGUUAGAGAAGCAGGGAUAAAAACCUGAAAAUGUGGAGUUAAGGUACAAGAUAGAAAUUUUAUUUCUAGUUCAACUAGCUAAAGAAGCUAAAUUUAGAUUUGAAAUGUACUCUUCUGCCUCUGCUGUGAAAAAUAAUUCUGGUUUCUGCUGCAAAUUAAAUUAGAGGAGACAUCAUAUAAACAGAGCCAAACACCUGUCCAACAGUCCAGUGGCCAGUUGUUUCAUAAUUCAUGUGUAGCUGGUAGCUUCAGUGUGUGGUCUCCCUCACAUUUGACUUCCAUUUUGAAUAAAGCACUGUUGGGGGGAGUAAGUUUGAGCUUUUAAAAAACAACCACAUUUAUUUAAGUGCCAAAUAUAAAAAAGAAGGGAAAAACAAAGAAAGAUCAGGGGGCAGGGAGAUGGGGGCAGAGAGUGACAGUACACACUGUCAACACAAAUGAAGAAUAUAAUAGCUAUCAGUACUUCCUUCCAAAACUAAACACAGAAGGCAGUAUAAGCCAUCUAGAUAGGGAUCCUCGUGAAAUUGGUGUUUAUUAAAAAAUAUGUUCAAAUGUAGCAAGGGUGGCGAGGCCCUCAGGCAGUUGCUCAAUGGAUAGUGUGUGUUUAUUCUUUCAAGUUCAAAAUACCUUGGCAACAAGAAGGGCUCACAGCUUCUGCUUUCCUACCAUUAAUCCCCAUGCUUAUAGGAAUAUUGUUUAAGAGUAUCUGAACAUAAAUUACAACAGGAGUGGUAACUGCAGCGAUUAGAUUACUGUUUGGCCCUCGACAGUAAAUGAUACUUAAGCCACAAUACAGAAAACAACAAAAUACACAAUCUGACCCCAUUAGCUGAUCUAAUGUAUAAACCCGACAAUCACUCCAACGUUUGACACUGCCUUUUUGUUGGUGUUUGAAUUAGGUUGGUAGGAAACAUAAUGCGCUACUUUACCAUUUAACUGUUAUAUCAACAACAUGGCUUGGUUUAGUUUUUAAAAGUAAGCUUUUCUGCUGCCCAUCAUUCCCUAACACAAAUUACCGGUAUAUCAUAGCAAAGAAAUGGUAUUCAGCUUUAACUAGUUAUGAUAACUGCUAUGGGUUUUCUCUAAACAAAAAGUAAUAUUUUUAACAAAUUAAAUUUAAGGCUUUUUUGAAGAGGCUUGAAGCAGUGAAACCGACGGCUGGUAUGAGGCGUUCUGAACAGCUCAUGGACUAUCAGCGGCAGAUGAGUUACCUCAGUUCUGCUCCCUCUCCAAGGCGAGGGAAGUCUGCCUUAAGCCACCACAGCCCUUCUCGUAAGCAGAGUUUGCGCUUUUCAUUAUGUAUUUUUUGUAAUAGUGAAUCAUGCUUUCAAGUAUACAUGCAUAAUCCUGGAUGUCUUCAUCCCCCAGUCUCAACAUGAUUCAAAUGUGUGAAAAGAAAAGAAAAUUACUAAAGCCCAGUAUUUAGUCCUAUAUGCAGCCUGCAUUGCUCUGUGUGUGUCGCCCUUCAUGUCCAGCUAUGCAUUGAGAGUUAUAUGGCGAGAUGAACAAGUCCCAUUCUCAGAUUUUUCUUGCAAACAAAAUGUUUUGGGCAACAUGACUACCAAAUUACAGCCUUCUAGCAGAUGUUGAUUAUUUGUAGAGUUUACUGUACUGCAUUACUGUUCAGCAUCUUCUAGUCCCCUGGAGUGUUUUGGGUUAGGGUUACUUGUGCACUAAAUUUCAGAUUAUUAUUUUUUUGUGUUAAUAUUUUAUGGAAAAGUUUUCCAUUAUAAAGAAAUAAAGUGACACCAAAAAAAAGAGAAGAAGAAAACAAAAAGAAAAAAACAAUAUAUGAAUAUUUACGGAGUGGAAAAUCAGAUUUCUUGAUUCUGUGGGGGUACAUUUCAAGAGCGAAAUACACGUUACGGGUUGGAGCCAAGUGUUGCUCCAAAUGUCCUAGAUUCUCAGAAGUGUCUUUUUGAGGGUUCAGAAGACAGCAGCAGAAAGCAGGCAUGGAGAAAGCCCCUUCCCAUGAGCUGAGCCCCAUUUGCAAUUGUUAAGACCCUAACCCAAUAUUUCUGAUCACAAAACGUGGAGUUGCUUGCAUAGAUUUUAAAUGGCUUUGUUUUUCAAAAUGGCAGAGUUAUGCAAGCACCUUAACACUGUCCUCCCUUUUCUGUGUCCUUCCCCACAGGAGGUGCUUCGCGAGCAUCCAGCCACAGUGCAUCUAGUACCGUGAGUCGGAGAAGUGAAAGACCCGUUUAUGACUCAUCCAGUGGUGCCCUGCAGCGAUUGAAACCCACUAGUAUUCGUACUGCCUGGCUCUAA